AAGGGGGAUGGGGGUAGGACAGAGGACAUAGCACUCAGCCCCUUCUUUCUCCUGUGUUCCUCUCAUUUUCUUUCCCCAUGCAUGACCCCCAGCUCUGCCUCUGGAAGCAGGACCCCAUAUGAAAGACAGAUCCUUAUAUGGUUCAGCUCAGGCUCCAGUGGCCCCUGUUUCAGUUUCGCCUCCACCCCCAGCCGGCCCGCCCUUGGUCCUCCCAUCCCUCCGACCCUCCCCCCUGCUGUCUGGGCCCUACACUUUCUCUCAUAUCUCAGCAGUCUGGCAGCUUUGCCCCGUGGCCAGGCACAUAACCCCAAGCACUGCCCUUGCCUGGAGAUACCCCCCUCCCCAUCCCCCUUUCUAUUUAGGUCUGACUGUCCAUGUUGCCAUGAACCUGAGGACAGCCCUGGUGCUUCUGGUCAUCUCCAUCAUCACCAUCUUUGCUCUGGUUUGUGUCCUGCUGACCGGCAGGGGUGGGGGACGGCCCAGCUCACCUCCCCAGUGCCCCACCCUGACGACCCAGAAGAACCUGUUCAGGCCGCACCCGGACCCUAGUCGGCUGUUCUCAGACCUGAGCCGGGAGGAGCUGGCCUCCGUCAUGGGCUUCCUGACCCAGAGGCUGGGGUCAGGGCUGGUGGAUGCAAGCCUGGCCAAACCGUCUGAUAACUCUGUCUACUCAGUGCAGCUGCAGCUGCCCCCAAAGGCCGCAGCCUUGGCCCACCUGGACAGGGGGGCCCCUCCACCCCCCCGGGAGGCUCUAGCCAUCGUCUUCUUUGGCCAGCAGGCCCAGCCCAAUGUGAGCGAGCUGGUGGUGGGGCCGCUGCCCAACCCUGCCUACCUUCGGGAUGUGACUGUAGAACGUCACGGGGGCCCCCUCCCCUAUUACAAGCGCCCACUGUCCUCAAAGGAGUUCGAAGAAGUGAGCAGGAUGAUCUCCGAGCAUGCGCUGCCUCGUGUCAGUGGGCUCCUCCAUCGCUGCUGCUACUACAAGGAGAACCUGGUGUCCAUGACCACUGCCCCCCGGGGCCUGCGCUCGGGGGACCGGGCCACCUGGUUUGGGAUCUACUACAAUGUCUCAGGGGCUGGCUUCUACCUCCACCCCGUGGGGCUGGAGCUGCUAGUAGACCACGGGGCCCUGGACCCUGCUCAGUGGAGAGUUCAGCGGGCCUUCUACAAUGGUCGGUACUACGAGAGCCUGGAGGUCCUUGAAAGAGCGUUUGAGGGAGGCCGGGUGGAGGUUGUAGAGAUAGCACCCCCCAGCUCCAAGGCGCCUUCAUCCCUCAGGCCCAGGGUCUCCCCAGGUGCUCUUCCCCCACUGCAAUUCUCUCCCCAGGGCCCCAGAUACCACGUCCAAGGCAGCCAGGUAGCCUCCCCUCUCUGGACCUUCACCUUCAGCCUGGAGUUGUUCAGCGGCCUGAGGAUUUUUGACAUCCGGUUCCAAGGCGAGCGCGUGGCCUACGAGGUGAGCCUCCAGGAGGCUUUGACCAUCUAUGGCGGCAACUCCCCGGCAGCCAUGAUGACUCGCUAUUUAGACGGAAAUUUUGGCAUGGGCCUGUUCUCCACACCGCUGACGCGAGGAGUGGACUGUCCAUACUUGGCCACCUACGUGGACUGGGACUUCCUUGCAGAUUCUGGGGCUCCAAGAACCGUCCGCGAUGCUCUGUGCAUAUUCGAACAGAACCAGGGCAUCCCCUUGCGGCGGCACUACUCUGAUAUUUUCUCCUACUACUACGGGGGUCUCCCAGGGACAGUGUUGGUUGUCAGGUCUGUGUCCACUCUACUCAACUAUGAUUACGUGUGGGACAUGGCCUUCCACCCCAACGGAGCCAUAGAAGUCAAGUUUCAUGCUACCGGCUACAUCAGCUCAGCCUUUUUAUUUGGUGCUGGCCGAAGAUAUGGGAACCGGGUUGGCGAGCACACCUUAGGGACCAUCCAUACCCAUGCUGCUAACUUCAAGGUUGAUCUGGAUGUGGCAGGACAGGAGAACUGGCUGGUGGCAGAGGACAUGGCAUUUGAGCCUAGGCCUGUACCCUGGAGCCCAGAGCAUGAGAUGCAGCUGAUGCAGCUGACUCAAAAAACACUGGAAAGAGAAGACCAGGCCGCUUUCCCCUUCGGGAGCACCACUCCUCGAUACCUCUACCUGGCUAGCAAUCAGACCAACGCCUGGGGUCACCGUCGGGGAUACCGGAUCCAGCCCAUCAACUUCGCAGGGCAGCCAUUGCCCCAGGAAAGCGACAUAGAAAGAGCCUGCAGCUGGGGGAGGUACCAACUGGCAGUGACACAGAGGAAGGACGAAGAACCUUCGAGUACCAGUCUCUAUAAUCAGAAUGAUCCCUGGACUCCUACUCUGAACUUCACUGAUUUCAUCAACAAUGAAACCAUAGCAGGCAAGGAUCUGGUCGCUUGGGUGACCGUUGGCUUUUUGCACAUUCCUCAUGCAGAGGACAUCCCUAACACACUGACCGUGGGAAAUGGCGUCGGCUUCUUCCUUCGACCCUAUAACUUUUUUAACGAGGAUCCAUCUGUCCAGUCUCCUGAUGCCGUCUACUUUCAGAGUGACCAGGAUGCCAGGCUCUGUGAGGUCAACCCUGUUUCAUGCCUUCCAGAGAUGGCUGCCUGUGCUCCUGACCUCCCUGAUUUCACCCACGGUGGCUUCAGAAGAGAGCCUUAGAGCCUGGCUACGAACCUCGGCAUCCAGCUAGGGAGGAGAGCCGGAGCCUGGGAUGCCGUGCAGCGAUAGAUACCAGGCCCCCAGCUCUGUAGCUACCCUCUCCACUGUUGCCAGGCCGCCUUUUUCUUCCCUGAAUGUACCACUGCACUUUUGCAAAUCAGUGAAGACUCCCUCAGUCUCGCUUUUUCUAAAACAUGUUGAAUUCCUGAUUCAGAGAGGAAAGAGAGUAUCCUCCCUGACCCUGAAGGGAUGGCCAAACUGUGACCUAAAACGUUUAAUCUUUUCCCUCCUUUGACUUCUCCAGAUUUGCUGCAAUCACAAGACUGUCCUGCUUCCUUCCUUAUUCUGGGACAUGAGGGAUAAAGUUGUUCAGGAGCUGGGGGAGGGAGUGGGGGGAAGGGGAGCUUAAGGCUAUGCUGUGGUGGGGGAUAUGUAGGGUAGAAGGAGUCUUCCCAGAACAUGCCAGAACCAGAUAUUCCUGUGGACUCCAGGGCAGUCUCAUCUAAGCCUGUAUUUACAGAGCUGUUGGAAAUAUCAUUUGUCUCUUCUCCAGCCAUAACUCUCUUUUUACUUUUCCAACUUCUUGGGAUUUAUAUUCAUUCAAUCACCUUCCAGUAUUUAUUAAGCAGCUGCUAUGUGUCAGACACUAUGCUAGACAAAGAAUGAAACAAUCCCUACUCUCAAGGACUUCAGACUCUGACAUUCCAUAAGAUAUAAGAUCCUUGAGGGCAGGGAUCAUUUUUCCCCCCUUUUUAGUCUGUAUCACUAGGGCCUAGCAUAGUACCUGGCUUUUAGUAAAUGUGCUUACAAAUGCUUUCAGAUUUUUCUGCCAGUGCCAGGAGGAUGAAAUUCUGUGCCAGGGGUGCCCUUGCCAUUUGCACUCUCAUUCCCACCCCACCCCAUCUCUCAUCACCUUAAAGUCUGUCCUCUUCUUCCUGUGGUUCUAAGAAUGCAAUGAGCGGUGAUGUUUUUGGUGAGAAGAUAAUAAUUCUUAUUUAGCCCACUAUAAAGAUCUCCCCAUCAUGCCUUUGUUCAUAUGUGUCAGUAUGAGGGGUGGAGGUUAUGUAGAGAUCUUUGUCACUCUCAGAUGUAAUAAAAAUUCCCUAAUGAAUCUUAUAUUGUUUAUACCAUCCCAAUAAAUUUCUUCUGGGUCCUUAA